GGUGUUGAAAAUGCUUACUUACUAUGUUCUCAAAGCAAUGAAAUUAAACAAGAAUACAAAGAUUCAAACUGCAAGAGGACCGAACAUUUCAAUUGUCAUGGAAAGUUGUCCAUUCAUAUUGACAUCCCAGCUGCAGAAGCAAAAAUAAUGCUUCAUCAUA